AUGAACGAAUCAAAUGGUACUAAUGAAUGGACACAACAACCUGUAUCAUCAUCAACAAUUAAUGAUAUUUCAUCAUUGAUAUCUAUAUCAACAUCACCACCACCACCACCAACAACAACAAUAACAUCGACAAAUGCUUCAGAAAAAAUAACAAUACCUGCAGCUAUCAUUAAAGAAGAUGUUGAGCCAUUACCAUUGAUACAACAUGGUCCAGGUCCAAUACAACGGCCAAAUAAACUUUCAAGUAUACCAUUAACACAACAAUCAAGAUCAUCGUCAUAUUUUAUAAAUUCUAUUCAAUCACCCGAAACACCUGAUGUACUUGAUCAAAUAAAUCGUCUUUUAGACAAUCGAAAUAAUGCAACACCCAUAACAGUACCAUCAACACCAAAUAUUAAUGAUUCAUCGGUACCAACAAAUGAUUUAAUAACACCAAAUAUUCCAUGGACAGGAUUUUCACCAACAACAUGGUCAUCAAAAUAUGAUUCAUCAUGGCCAUCAACAAGUAUUCAAAGUCCAACAGUAUCACUAACAACACAAGUACAAAAUCCAUUUGCACUUAUGUCAACAAUAAAUGAAGUACAACGACAAUCAUCUAGAGAAGAAUCAUCGAUUUGGUCAUCAAUAGUGGGUACAACAACACCACGUUCUUUAUCAUCAAGUACACGAACACAACGUGUUUCAAAUUGGAACGACUUAUUUUCAUCAACUGUACCUUCAUCAACAGAAACAACAAAACCAACAAAUACUUCAUGGCUAAAAUUUUGGUCAGCACCUGAUCCAUCACCUACCGAUGGUACAUCAUCAAAUGGACAUGACAUUGAAACAAAUAAUCCAUUUUGGAAUUUAAAUACACUUACUAAUGAAUCAGUAGUAAUUCCAUCAGCAAUACCAAAUCAACAACAAACACCUUCAUCUGCUUGGUGGCCAAAUUCAUCAUCUGAUGAAAAUAAUAAUAAUAGUCAAGCAAAUCAUCUAAAUAAUGAUACAAUAAAUAAUCGGGACCGAUCUCGAUGGGACUUUGCUCGUUAA